CAGAGCAGAGGGGACAGGUCACUCCCAGGCUGAGACGGGGAGGAAACUUACAGGUCUCUCCCAUCUGUGGAGUUUUACAGAGGAUACGGGCUCCUAUUUCUGCUCUGAUGACCAGUAGCACGGACAUGGACUGCGAGAGGUGUCAGUGCCAGCAUGAAGACAAACACUCAGCCAUUCUCUACACCCUCUUGAGCCAGAAUCUGAGCCACAGCCCACCCCACCAACGCUGCCUGUGUCACCAGCGCUGGACAGUUUGCCUCCGGACACCCCAUAUCACCUGCCAGGCCGCCUCCGAUGUGUUGGUGAAAACCAUCAGCUUCAUGAAAAACCUCCCUUCCUUCCACCUGCUGCCACGGGGGGACCAGCUCCUGCUGCUGGACAGCUGCUGGGUCCCCCUUUUCCUCCUGGGGCUGGUCCAGGAGACGGUGACGUUUGAGGUGAUGGAGACCCCAGCCCCCAGCAUGCUCGAGAAGAUCCUCCUCGACGGCCAAAGCAAAAGGCAGGAGCCUGAGUGGACGCAGCCCAUGCUGGCCGCUGUGCAGUGGCUGCAGUGCAGCCUCAACACUUUCUGGAGCCUGGACUUGAGCCCCAAAGAAUAUGCCUACCUGAAGGGAGCCAUUCUCUUUAAUCCUGAUGUCCCAGGGCUGACGGCCUCCCUGUACAUCGAGAGCCUCCAGCGAGAAGCCGAGCGAGCGCUUCAGGAGGUGGUGCGGAUUCUGCACCCCGAGGACCAGGACCGUUUUGCCCUCAUUUUGCUCAUCACCUCCACCUUGAAAUCCAUCCCUCCUGCCCUCAUCACAGACCUCUUCUUCCGGCCCGUCAUUGGCAAUGCAGACAUUGUUGAGCUCAUCGUGGAUAUGCUGUAUGAAAUCACCAGCUGGCAGCCGGCUCCCUCACCACACACGGCUCUCUGAGCUGCUGUGCUCUGCCACAGCUCUGAGGGUGCUCUCCAACACCUGGCAGGGCAGCAGGGAGGACUGGGGAGCAGGCAUGCAGGACAGGCACUCUGAGCUCCACAGAGAACUGGCUUUGCGUGUGCCUCUUGCUAGGCUAGAGGGCUCAGCAAGGUUUUAGCAGAGCACACAGGAAAGCAGCCUUGAUUCAGCAGAUGUCUGUGGCAGCUCCUGCUCCACCUCUGCCAGUCUGUUUCAAGGAGUGUGAGUAUGUGUGUGUGGCUGUUUCCCUGUUCUGCAGCUAGUAGUACUCAGCUGCUAGCAAGCAGGCCAGCCCUGAGACAUGGGGCAGAUUGAGUUAGAGCCUGCUCCAGUUUUCUUUUUUUAUCUCAGUGAAUCCUCAGUUCAAUUAAAACCAAUGUGUGUUUUGCUGUUAACUCCAAGAGAUGAGGUUUGACCUCAACUCACUGCCCAUGACAGCUCAACUCUGUGGUAGUGGUAUUUAGGGGUGCUGAGUAUCUUCAGUGGUAUCACUUGUAGGGUAUAACCAAGUGCAAACAGUAAGAAAUUAGAUCUUUAAAUAUUGGCCAAUGUCUAUUGUGCAGGAAAUCUCAGAAAUAUUCGUAAAGAAUCUUCCUCAGGCAGCAAGAGGGAAAAGUAUAAAAUCUUACAGGGUGUGCAGCCAGCCAAAUUAACGCCUUCUGCCUUUCAUCAGGUUGCAUCUUCUCUCCAUUAUGCCAUGAGCUGCAACAGGAUUGCUCACAGAGCAAUGGAUUGCCUAAGAGCAGUGAAACUAUGGCAAAUAGUGCUGCAUGAACAUCAGGGAGUUCAUCCUACCUAUACACCACAAAGGUGCUUUUAGCAACACUGAGAAUGGCUCAGGCUGUGGGCUUGCCUCUGUUCCUGUGACAGCAAGGAACACACUGAGCUACAGACACUGAACAAACAAGCAGAACUGUUGGUGGCAGAACAAAACAUCCCUGCCUUGAGUUACAGCUGGUUAAACGUGUAGCACGUCUGGAAACCUCACUUCUCCUGUCUGCAGCUUUUGUACAGCAUUAGUUGUCAGUAUUUUAUGGGUGAACCUUCUUUUGGUUUGUAUAUAAGAGACAGUAAAUUAUUUUUUUAAUAAAAUCUUUUACCUUUUGGAAAA